AGUAAAGGACAAACUAUUAUUUCCAUUUGCCAUCCUAAGCCACGAGGACACGUCCUUUUCGGUCACCCGCUAUGUCGAUGGCUACGCUUACAUUUUUCCUUAUCCUCGUUACUUUCUACGUGCGCGUUUACCCACAAACUCCAAUGAAUUUACUGAUUGUGGUGGAGAACGACGAUUCCUUCAUGUUGAAUUUACUUAAUGAUGCAGUUUCUUUUGCUGAAAAGAAUCUUGAAGACAGAGCUAUUAGUAUUCAUGUUUCCACCGUCGAGGUGAAUCGGGAAUAUGUGGAAGAGAGCUUUGAAAAAGUCUGUGCCGAAUUAUUUAAUGGGAUAAGUUUGAUACUGGACAUGACAUGGACAGGCUGGGAUAAACUUCGUAAAAUUGCUGAAGAAUGGUCCAUAAUCUAUAAACGAGGGGAUGGAGUUCUAACACCUUUUGUUCAGGCUGUCGAUGAUUAUUUAAUGGCAAAAAAUGCAACAGAUGCAGCAUUAAUUUUUGAAGACGAAAGAGACUUGAAUCAAGCUCUGUACUAUCUCAUUGGGAAUUCAAUAAUUCGCUUAGUGGUAAUCGAAAACUUCAAUAAAGCUGCAGCUGUCAAGUUUCGUAAUAUGAGACCCUCGCCAUCUUAUUACGUUAUAUACGCUAGUACCUCAAACAUGGAAAAUUACUUUCAGAUGGCACUAGAUGGCGGCAUUGUCAAACGAAACGGUGUUUGGAUUUUGGUCUUUACGGACAAUAAUUAUGAGAACUUCCGAUAUAUAUCGAACGAUUUAAAAUUGAAUGUUACAAUUAGUAUUCUAUCGAUGGAGGUCGACGGCUGUUGCCGAUUAAUCGGAGAGUCACGGUGCACCUGUCCUAAUGAUUUCCAACCCUUCCCGCAUUACUUCAGACAUCUGAUUAGCUUGAUAAUUAAUAUAACGAACGAGAUGCAAUUACUGGGGUCGAACGUGGAACCAAAAUCCGGACACUGUGAAAAUAAAAAUUCAACUAUCACACGGAAUAACUCUACUAUGGAGUUAUUCAAUAAAAAUGUAAUAGCUAAACUUAAUGGGAACGGCACGCUAUUUUAUAUUCCGGAUAUUCAAUUAAUAACCUAUAAAGCAGAAAUGGAAUUGCAAACUUAUGGUAACGGUAGCUUAGAGAAAUUUGCCGAUUGGAAUAUCGAAAAGAAAGUCACGACGUUACCAGGGAAGACCAUAGAACCGGCAAAACGAUUUUUCCGCGUUGGAACCACUCAGUCGAUCCCUUGGUCGAAUCUGAGGAGAGACCCGGUUACAGGUGAAUCGAUAAAAGACAGUAAUGGUAAAGAAGUCUGGGAAGGUUAUUGCAUAGAUUUUAUAAGCGAACUUGCAAAAGGAAUGAAUUUCGAUUACGAAAUAGUCAUUCCUAAGUCAGGAGAAUUUGGGGUGAAAUUACCAAAUGGAAAAUGGGACGGACUAGUUGGUGAUUUGUCACGUGGGGAAACGGACAUUGUGGUGGCUUCACUGACGAUGACUUCUGAACGCGAAGAAGUCAUUGAUUUCGUUGCACCAUAUUUUGAACAAUCUGGACUCUCAAUUGUCAUGAGGAAACCUGUACGUGCGACGUCACUUUUUAAGUUCAUGACUGUAUUGAGGCUCGAGGUCUGGUUGAGUAUUGUUGGAGCACUUACUUUGACUGGAAUAAUGAUUUGGCUAUUAGAUAAAUAUUCACCAUACAGUGCAAGAAAUAAUAAGCGUCUCUAUCCGUAUCCAUGCAGAGAAUUCACGCUAAAGGAGAGCUUCUGGUUUGCUCUAACUUCCUUCACACCACAAGGCGGUGGCGAAGCACCCAAAGCAUUAUCUUCCAGAACCCUGGUGGCUGCUUAUUGGCUUUUCGUUGUAUUAAUGCUGGCUACUUUUACUGCCAAUUUGGCAGCUUUCCUUACAGUGGAGAGAAUGCAGUCACCUGUACAAUCACUCGAACAACUGGCUCGACAAUCGCGAAUAAAUUAUACAGUUGUUCGAAAUUCCACUAUUCAUCAAUAUUUUAUUAAUAUGAAAAAUGCGGAGGAUAAGCUCUAUACCGUUUGGAAGGAAAUCACAUUAAACAGUACUAGCGACCAAAUUGAAUAUCGCGUGUGGGACUAUCCGAUAAAGGAACAAUAUGGUCACAUACUUCAAGCCAUCACACAAGCUGGUCCCGUAGCAUCGGCGGAGGAAGGUUUUCAAAAAGUAAUCGCCAGUGAAAAUGCCGAGUUCGCUUUCAUUCACGAUUCUUCGGAAAUAAAGUACGAGGUGACAAGAAAUUGUAACUUGACUGAAGUCGGCGAAGUUUUCUCCGAGCAGCCAUAUGCAAUUGCUGUUCAACAAGGAAGCCAUCUUCAAGAAGAGAUCAGUAAAAUUAUUCUUGAUCUUCAAAAAGAUCGAUAUUUCGAAUCACUCGCAUCAAAAUAUUGGAAUCAAUCACUCAAAGGAUUGUGUCCAAAUUCUGAUGACAAUGAGGGCAUCACUUUGGAGAGUUUAGGUGGUGUUUUCAUAGCGACACUUUUUGGUUUGGCAUUAGCAAUGAUCACUCUAGCUGGAGAAGUCGUAUACUUCAGGAAGCGUAAAGCAAAUCAGCGCGAUCAAAGCAGAGACAAGGACAAGAAUAAAAAACAGGACGAAAGAUUUUACAGGACGUCUGACAUACAUAAGAGUCUUGGAAAAUUAGAAAUUAAACCGGCUCCAACUGUUUCCUUUAUUGGGAAACCAACUGGUCCAAGGACACGUGUCUCUCAUAUAUCGGUGUAUCCUAGACACCUUCCUUUUAAGGAUUAAAACUUAGUAAUUAUUGACGAUUAUUAACGAAUAAUAAUUUCUGAUUUCUUUGUUUGCUUUCGUAAUAAUAAAAGAAAAAGUACAAACUUC